GCAUGGCGAUCGGCGGUGUGCUGUGUCCCUCGGACACAGCGGAUCACCGAUCUUGGAAAGGGCCGAAGAUGUCAGCUCGGUCAUGUGAUCAGCUGUGUCCAAUCACAGCUGAUCACAUGGGACAUGUACACUGAUCAUCAGGGCACUGAUGUUCAGUGUGUCCUGAUGAUCAGUGUAGCCCCAGCAGUGCCACCUGUCAGUGUCCAUCAGUGCCUUGUGUCAGUGCUCAUCAGUGCCUUGUAUCAGUGCCACAUCAAUGCCACAUAUCAGUGCCUAUCUGAGCUGCCUUUCAGUGUCACCCAUCAGUUCCACCUAUCAAUGCCAAUCAGUGCCAACUAUCAGUGCUGCCAAUCAGUGCCACCUAUUAGUGCCAGUCAGUGUUGCCUAUCAGUGCCAGUCAGUGCUUCCUAUCAGUGCGCAUCAGUGGCGCCUAACAGUGCCAGUCAGUGCCGCCUAUCAGUG